UUUAUCCCGCUCCCUCUUCAUGCGUGUUUUCUCCCACCGCGACGUUUUUGCGCACGAAUCACGUUUCCAGGUCAGAAACGGUUUGGACUAGAUCGCUAUAGGAACGGCGGCGAUCGCUUGCUACAACACAGACAAGGUCUAAUUACCGGACUUUGUGCUGGUGCAGCCUACACGUGAGUCGGAAGCUGUUCCCGACCGGAGGCGCGCGUGCGCUCUAACCACAGAGCCGACGGCUUUUGCAAAGUGGCAGCUCAGGGAACUAUAGACAUCAGUCUGAGGCGCAGCUCCACCGGAGGACACGCACCGCGCAUCGUCUCCCCUUCAGCCGUCCGCGUGUGGGUCGUGGGACAACGAAGCAUUUCCCUCAAAAAGAAGCUCGGAAGCGGAGAAACAGCAGCAGAGACGCGAUGGAUGAAAGAAUACCGCAUUUACAGGACAGACAGUUCAUGGAGCACGCAGAUUUCUUAGGGGUGGAUUACCCCUCUCUCUACAUGUGCAAAUCCAAGCGAGGGAUCAAACGUGAGGAUGGUGGCAAGCAGGACGCAUACAAGUUACCACACCGGUUGAUAGAGAAGAAGAGGAGAGACAGAAUCAACGAAUGUAUCGGCCAGCUGAAGGAUUUGUUACCCGAACAUCUCAAGCUCUCGACGCUCGGACACUUGGAGAAAGCAGUUGUCCUGGAGUUAACGCUGAAGCAUUUAAACGCGCUGACUGCUGUCACUGAGCAGCAGCACCAGAAGAUCAUCGCUUUGCAGAAUGGGGACCGAUCGAUGAAACCUUCCAUUCAUGCAGAUCUGGACGCGUUCCACUCCGGGUUCCAGGCCUGUGCCAAAGAGGUCCUGCAGUACCUGAGUCAGUUUGAGAACUGGACGGCGCGGGAGCAGAGGUGCGCGCAGCUCAUCAACCACCUUCACAAGGUUCUGGCGCAGUUCCAGCCCGGCGCGCCGCCACUGCUCCAGCACCAGCUGCCCCCCGGGGACGCACAGGAUGGGCAGAAAUCUGACAGCCAAGCGAACUGCGUCCCGGUCAUCCAGAGGACCCAGGGCGGAGAGCUUAACGAGAACGACACGGACACGGACAGUGGAUACGGGGGCGAGGCUGAGAAGAGCGACGGCAAAGAUAAAGAAUGUGAGCGCAGUAACGCGCAGGGACAAAAGGCGGUGAAAAUCAAGCAAGAGUUUGGAGACGAUCGGGCUGCCAAGAAACCAAAGAUGAGCUGGCCUGGGAACGGGUUGGGGGGCGCGGACCCCACCAGGCCGGAUCUGGCGUUUAUGAACUCUCUGAUGGGAAUAAGCAGUGUGGGACAGCAGACACCGAUUUGCAUGCCUUUCUACUUCAUCAACCCCUCGGCUGCGGCGUCUUAUAUGCCUUUUUUCGACAAGAACAACAUUGAGAAGUACAUGUACCCGGCGGCGGCGGCUGCUCUCGCGUCCCCGUUCCCGUGGCUAUACCCCGCACACGCCUCGGCGGCGGCGGCGGCCGCUGCUGCUGCCGCGUUCCCCGGCUUGUCUGCGCACUUUGGAGCCUCACCUCAGUCCAAGGACUCUCCAGACACCGAGGGGUCACCCGAGGCCGAGGCGGGCUCACCAGAGGAGCGAGAGGAAAGUCCCGUGAGUGACGACGGAGAGGGUGACGUGGGUGACGCGUCCCAGGAGGACAAGAGCAGCGCGCACGAGCAGUUUUCUGGCUGUCAGAGGAGCUAAUUAGUCUGUGUUACCUUUCUGUGCAUUCUGAUGAGGAGUUUAUGUCUUUUCUUUUCUUUCUUUUUUUAAAACAUAGACUAGGGGUCCCACAGAAGAGGUUCUCGUGUACAAUAUGUUGGCGGAACAGGGGACAGUUGUGACGGCGCGUGCCUUUUGCACUUAAACUAGAUUAAACAAUCUGAAUGAUUAUCGACAAUGAUUGACACUAUACGGCUGUGUUGUGCUGGAAUACGUUUUUUUUUUAUCCUCUUUGAUAAAAAAAAUAUUUUGACAUGGCAGCAUUGGUGCCAAAAAAAAAAAACUUAACAAAAAAAUACAAAAAAACCGCUUUGAGUACUCCAACAGUGCGCAAUAUCCCAAUCAAUGAGUCACUUUUGGAUGUAUGAAGUUGCAACUGACCUCUGCCAAGAUUCUGACCAACUUGGCUGACUCUGACUGUAAAUAUUGUUACCAGAAAAAUAGGCUGAUUCAUGAACAUGUAAAUGUGCACUAAAUGGGCCUAUAAAAGAAGUGCUCCUGGAAGUGUGAUGCCUACAAGUACCUCAUCCCCAGCCGGGGUAGGCUUAUUGGGAGGCACAUUACUGUCCCUCCUCAGAUGAAAUGAAUGGUAUCCUCCUCCCUCCCUCUUCCUCUAAACACACACAUCUCUAUACAAAAAUAAUAACAAUAAAAAAAUCAGCUAUCACACAUUCAGAUCAAGGGAUAAGGUGUUGUACCUGAUGUCCCUCAACUCAUCUUUACAAAACUCUUAAUUUGCUCGUUUGUCCCUGUGAGGAAAGAAAAAAACAAUCAUUCAGAAGAGACAAAACCCUUCAUUCAUGAGGGUUUGCUUGACCAGCAUAUUGUACAUCCUCCCCCUGACUGAAGCAUUUCUGCACAGAGAUGCCCUGACCUCAUGUACCUCCAGGAAAACAUUGUAGGAUAGCACCUUAAAGAUCUUUGAUAUUGAAUGUACCUGUAUUUUCCCAGCUGUUAAAAGUUUGUAUGUAGGAUGAUCUUUACUCUUUGAGACGUUAAGUGCACUUUUUUCUGCUUUUACUUCCCCUCCUCCUCCCUCCUCCUCGCCCCUCCAACCGUCACCUUAUCAUUUCUGCAAGUCAAUCACUGUAGUUCUCUUUGAACCUUUCUAUUGUGUUGAGUUGUCUUGAUAUAAAAAAAAUAAGAACUCUGAUUUCAUUUCAUCAAAGAGAAGAAGAUGCUUUGUGAUGAUUUCAUGCAGUAAAGUGGUGAUUAAGUCAUUUCCCCCCCCAAACACUGCUUAUUUCUCGCUCUUUUAAGGGGGGGAGGGAAAAAAAAUCAUAAUCAGAUUUGAACAGCCCCCCCCUUCACCGCACAUCAGUCGGGAUUUUGUGUUGUACGCUAUCAUUAUGUAAAACAUCACUUUUCGAGAAUCUGACAAAACUGGGAGAAACGCGGUCAUUUGCCAUUUUAAGGAACUUUAUCUCGGCCUCUUUUCUAACUAUUCCCUGCAAGUGUAGUGUUGUUCUGCUUUUCUAAGUUUCACAUGUGACUGAAUAGGCAGAUGGUUUUCAUUGUAUUUUGCAUACAUUACAUUGCUUUUGUAGUUUUUUCCCCCCUUUUUCCUCUCAGCUGGUUUUUUGCCUCAGAUCUGUUAUCAACUGUUCUAUAAAGUGGCAUGUGUGUUUGUAAAUAGUUUUUUUUUUCUUUUUGUGAAUAUACCAUGAAGUAUACAUGUCUUUGUCAAUGUCGUAGAAGUCUAUGAAUUUUUUUUUCUUUUUUUUUUUUAAAGAUUUAACUGAGCAACUGUUGCACAUUUCGUUAAUGCUUUACACAUAUGCUGUUCUAAAUUAUUGCUGAUGAGUUGUAAAAUAAAUAUCAAAAAACUAAA